GAGAAUUAAAAUGGCGGCUGUGCGGGCCACAAGUUUUCCACGCGCACGCGACGAGGCAUGUCGCAAAGCAUGCACAUGGAAAUCGAAAAUACCUCAUGUGCUCCUCUAGAGCCACGAAAAGAAUUGAAGAUGGGGUCGACGAUACUUGAUUGUUUUACCAAACUUGUUAAGGACAAUGUACGCGAAAGAUUGGAUGGUGGAAUUGCUCUCCUUAGGCAUAUGUCCCAAAAGAAAGUUGAGGAAACAGAAAGUAAAGAACUGAAUUAUGCUUUGACUCGAUUGGUCCGAGGACUCGGGUCAUCUCGGACACUUUCCAGGAAAGGAUUUUACACUACCUUGACAGCUUAUCUUCAAACAAAUUCCGAUACUUGUAUGGAUGAUUUGUUGAAGAUAAUGGAAACUGAACUGCGUCCAGUAAACAGCAAUACAAAAAGUGAAAACGCUGAUAUUUACAUGGGAAGGAUAUUACUCUGUGGUGCCCUGAUAAGAUCAAAACUUCUUCUUCAGUGUAAAUGCGAGGAGCAACAAAAAAUUUUCGAAAUCCUAUUUUUCGCUGGUCAACAGCGAAGUCAUCUCUCGUUUAUUUCCAUAUUUUUUCUGGCGGAUUUUCUUGAGCAAUCUGACACGAAAUCACUUAAAAUAGGAAUAUGGCCACUGCUGAAAAAAGAACUUGGAAAGGCAUGGGAAAAGCAGACACUUGAUACUUUUUACAUUUUAUUGAUAAUGAACGAGAAAUUUCCUACUUUAGUAGGAAGUAAAUUUCUAAAAGAACAUUUGGGUCACGAAGAUAUUAUUAAUGCGGAACACAUGAAAGAACUAUUGAAAUUGCUGACUGACUUACCACGAAUAGUGUACUGUCGUCAUCCAGUGUUUAAGCUAUUCUGUGAAAAAAUAGUGUCUUCGGAGCUUCUUGUAGAAUUUUGGAGUGGUAUAGAUCAACGUUUCGUAAAGCCUUCGAAAAGUAUCGAACAUCUUGGACUGGAAUUGUUCAAACACUUACUAAUGAACAUUAAAGACAAAACUCUUAUACCGUCGCUGUUAACAGCGAAUUUUCUGCACCACAUGAUACGGAGAUUUACAAGUUGUAAGAAAAACCGACGAGACCAAAUAUCAAUCACCUUCAAAUCGAUACUCAGUGAACUGAUAUCCGUAAUGAGUGAUAAAGAUAUUAAAGCCAAGACUCAAGUUGGAGUUCUGAAAAAACUGAUUCUAUAUCCGGGUGACAUUAUGAUUGAAAAAGUCACUGGCACUAAAAUCAUACAAUUGUUAACGGCAAAUUUGAACGUAGACGGGGUUAAAAAGUUAUCGAAACUCUAUCACGAAAUAGUGAGCAAUGCAAAACCGAAAGAGAAAAAAGGCAAUAAUACGGAGGCUUGGACAAAUAUGGCAAGAAUUUACGUUGCUCAAUUAUUAACAAGACUUCUCGGCCAUCCUGCAGUUAGCACGGAACACAAAUGGAGACUGGAUCAGCUGAAGUUCUUAUUCAAUCUUGGUCUUUGCGAAUCGUCGAACGUCGGUGUUGAAUUAGCUCCUCAAUUCAAGGAAUGUUUUUAUCGAGCACUGGACCAUAAAUUACCGAAACUGAGUGACUUGCGAACGAUUUUGAGCGAAUUGAUUCAUCAUUUGAACGACGAAUUGUUUGUUAAAAAGACAAGCACGCUUCGAACUCCUUUGACCGAAGCGGCUACUGAAGCGUGGUCAGCCAUGAUAAAUUUCAUUACAAAAUUGGAGGGAGCUGCGAAAAACGAGCAGGCUAUGUACAUAUUUUACACGAUGGAUCUUCAUAUGGGACUACAACUAUUCUCUGAACCUGAAAUGGCUAUAUCAGCUAUCAAAGAAAUUCACAGCUGUUCCGAAAGGUUGAACAAAUACAAACCGAAAAAGGGGAAGAAGAACGGUAAUGAGAACAUCGAAGAUGAACCGGAAUGGGUCGAAGUUAUCGUCGAUCUUCUUUUGUCACUUUUAUCCCGGAACAGCCACCUCUUGAGGUCCAUGGUUCACUGCGUGUUUCCUCACAUAUGCGCUGUUUCGACUGCAGCUUCAAUCCAUCAGAUACUUUCGGUUUUGGACCCGAAAAACGAUAAAAGUCCUCUCGUUUCGAAGAACGAUGAGGUUUCGGGUGACUCUUCCAACAACGAAGAUUCGGAUUCGAGUGACGAAGAUGAGAGCGAUGAAGAAGUUAAGUAUUCAAACGAGGUGAGUCUCGACAACGUUAAAGAGAAAAAUGACGAGGACGAGGAUGAAGAAGACAGCGACGAUGACUCGGACAAAGACGAGGAUGACGAUGAGGAUGAGGACGAGACGGUGACGGAUCGUUUACGUCUCGCUGUUCGUCAAGCUCUUGGCGACGCUUCCGUGCAAACCGACGACGAGGAUAUCGACGUCGAUCAAAUCGACGAGGCUCAAGGAAAACGUUUGGACGAAUCUUUAGCCGCGGCAUUCCGUAUACUUCGUGAAAAUCGUCAGACUCAGUCGAAAAAACAGGAAAAAACUGCCCAGUUACUUACGCACUUCCGCGUACGGGUGAUCGAUCUUCUGGAAAUUUAUAUCGACUCGGGGCCUUCGAUGGCUCUUGCUCUUGACAUGCUUGUACCUCUAUUUGGACUUUUGGAAUUCUGUAUCAAAGACCCUCAUCAAAAACCUUUGGAAAAUCGCGUUCGAACGUGCUUGAAAAAAUUGUCAGCAGUCAAACGUUUUAAAGACACCGAGGGCGUUGACGCGCAGUUGUUAACAGAUGUCUCUAAAUUACUCAUGGAAAAGGGCGAAAGAUCUACCGCUGUCUGCCAAGAAAUGGGCGAUAAGCUCGCUGAGUGUGCCACUUUCCUCAUAAGAUGUGUCCAACAAGCCGACCUUGCGGUUGAAACUCUUGUACAAAUUUAUGGUGAAAAUUUGACCGCAUUCUUCAAAAAACGAGAUUGUGUUUUACCUGCGAGUCUUUUCAAAAAUGCUCUGAAACUUGUCUGGGUCGGAAACUGGCAAUUGGCUCCUCUUUUGGUCGACUUCGCUUUUGACGACACGAUACGAUCAUUUCGACGUAGCCAGGCACUCGAAUUCCUGACGAUUUUCUACCGUAACAACAGACUCAUAAAAAACGAAGAGAACAAUUCGAUAAGGUUGACAAUGGAAAAGAAAUUGUACGCCAACAGCUUGAAUCUUCUGCAAGAAUUGACAUCAAGCUUUAAAACUCCGCACGAGGAUUCAACGAACGAGAAAAAUUCCCUCGUUGGCAAGGAAGUUAGGCAAAAAUUCGUAUGUUUAUUGAUGACGCUUUUGCAUGUGGUUUACUUCCAACAUUUGCCAGAUGCCUGGGACUGGAAGUCGAUCGCAGUAGCAAUAUCGGAAUAUAGAACAAACGUUUCUUUGUCGAAUGAUGCCAGGAGCGCUUACAUCAAAUUAGCAACGAUGAUCAAUGCUCCUGUUAAUAUAACCACGAAAAAAAAUGAAUGGACAAAACCGGCCUUGUCCAACAGAACAAAAUCAAACGGAGAAAAUGGUUUAUCCGAAGUCGAGACCGAUUCGAAGACCGAGGAAAAUGGGAUGAGUGGUAAAAAUUCGAAAAAAGAAAUCAAGAAGAAACUGAAAAUUCGAAGUAAAAAAAAGGACAAGCAGAAAUUGAAGAAAAUUGCUCGUGAAUUACGAGCAAAAGCUAUGUCGGAAGGGUUGGAAAGCUUCGAUUUUAGUACAGCAAAAUUUGAAAAUGGUAAUGCCACAGACGUCCUCAUCGAAAAUGGUGUUGCGGCUAGUGAAACAAACACGAAUGAGAAAACGAAAAAGAGACCAAUACAGGAGGAAGGUACAACACCGAGUGAAACGAAGAAGAAAAAAAAGAAUCUUGACAACAAAAAUUAGUAGCGCUAUAGUUUUAUUACUGAAUAAACAAAAAUUCAAUUGAACAACUGAUUGAUUCAUUGAAGAACGAGCAUUAUCGUUAUUUUUAUAAUUAAUUAUGUAUAUGGAUCGUUUGUACAUAAGUGUUACGAGUUUAAAACAAAACAAAUAAGUACGUUUCAGCGGUUUUUCAA